CGACUAGGUAAGUGGGCGUCAUGUUGCUAAGCUUAGACGCAACCAUCAAACUGAAACUAAAAAUCAUUGGAGCGAUAAAUCAAGAUAGUAUCAAGUGUUAUUAAAGAUAAUGGGGACUAAUUAUGACAAUGAGCCAACACUCAGAUAUGCGGGAAUAUCAGCAGAGCCAUGUCAGCCUACAAAUAUUCUUUGGACAGACGAACCUUGGCGAGGGAGGGUAUUGUACACAGGUCCGGAUGGCAACUGUGAUCACCGCGUGACGGUCGAGCCGGAGCACCGGUACGUAGGUAUCGGUACCAUGUCAGAGGAGGGCACGAGCGAGACGGACUACCUGUGGCGGGCGGCCCCCAGCACACCCUUCCCCCGUCCCCGCACUGCUGGUGUCGGCGAGAUUGGCUGGUCCGUCCCAGACUUCCAGGACUGGACUUUACCCAACUCAUAUCGUCAGAUCAUGCUUGGGCAUUUUAGACAGGACGUUGAAGACCGGUAUUCCCAUCAGUACCAAAAUGCGUGGUACCCCGGUCCGAACGAUCGCGUUGAGCCGGGCACGGACGCCGCCCUCAUGAUGAACGUCUACCAGCCGCGCAGCAGGACGGCCAUCGGCGGAAGGAAUAACAACGCAUACAAAGCUGAUGGACAAGAGAGUACAUCAUCAACAGUGACCACGGACCCAGGACCAGGUCAAAGGACCAAGAGCUAUCUACGCAAAGAUUAAUAGAAUGAAGACACUGCCUUUCUCAUGUUCCCCUUCAAUAAAACUGCUUUUGGGAAUGGUGCAAUAGCCUGCAAAUGUGAUGGAAACCCAACUGUAGUCUGAAACAAUCAGUAUUAACUUAGCUAAUUAGUAGAAAACUAGAUAUUUUAAUUAUUUAUGUAGAACUAUACGUUUUGCUCAUAUUGAAAUGCUUGAACUAUAUAUGAUUGUUAAUGCUUUUAUUGUAUUUGUUUAGAAUAUAUUGUUGUUAAUGAUCGGAGUUCAGUUAUGAAUGUGUGGAUAAAUCUUGUUUCUUUUUUCUUAUUUGUUAUGAAUAUCCGAAAAUUAUGCAGUUGACAUGCAUUUAAGUAAAGUUGACUUCAAAGUAUUCUAGGAGUACUUGUUCACAAACUUAACACAAAAAGGAAUUUAUAUUCAGCAAAGUUCACUUUACAUACAAUGUUAUAGCAUUUUCUACACAAAUAUAUAUGUACAUCAGUGCUGUUUUUGUUGCAUUUACAAUUUUUUUACAAAAUUGCUUUUUGAAUAUAAUCCGUACUCUUGGGCCCAACUUAACACAGUGUGCUUGCUUCUUGUUGUGACGUAGAUGUUUGGCUUCAUUACCACUGCAGUAUUAGAAUAUUAUAUUGUUACAAUCCAUUGCUGUUAUUAUUAUUAACAAUAUUAUACACUUCCUGUAAUAA